AUGAGGUUUCUUGCUCUUGUAUCACAAGAUGGAAAGUUCUCCAUCGGUUCUCUCGAAAGGCCUGUUUACACUUUAGCCGAAGUCCAUGCCCAAGCAGCCGGCGCUUUCGGCGAGUUUGAAGUUACUCACGACAUCUCAGACUUGACUUCAGCAGCCUUCUUGAAUGGCAUUGGGAAGAAAACCCCUUGUAUAGUGCGCAUAUCUACUGUAGGAGGGGAGAAAGGCUGUCCAGAUGUGGUACGAGAUGUACGAGGAUAUGCCAUGAAGUUUUACACCGAGGAAGGAAACCAAGAUUUCGUCUUUAACAAUACUCCUGUGUUCUUCAUUCGCGACCCUAUCAAAUUCCCCUCUCUGAAUCGAUCUCACAAACGUCACCCGCAAACCAAUGUUCCGGAUGCUGACAUGUUCUGGGACUUCCACAAUAAUAACCCGGAAGGAACUCAUCAAAUCAUGUAUCUCUUUUCAGAUCGAGGGACUCCUGCUUCUCUACGAAAUUUGAACGCGUACAGCGGCCAUACUUACAAAUUUACCAAGCAAGAUGGUACGUUCAAGUAUGUACGAUUUCAUUUCAUUUCGAACCAGGGAGUGAAAAGCAAUACAGCUGCUGCUGCAGAGAAACUCUCAGGUGUGAAUCCGGAUCAUCAUAAGUUGGAUCUUUUCAAUGCCAUUGAGCGUGGAGAUUUUCCUGGCUGGACAGCAAGUGUUCAAGUGAUGGACCCCAAAGAUGCAGAAUCUUUUCGUUGGAAUGUGUUUGAUAUGACCAAAGUCUGGCCACACAGUGAUGUUCCUUUGAGGCCCUUUGGUAAAAUGACCCUGAACAGGAAUCCAAACAAUUUCUUCGCAGAUAUCGAACAAGCCGCUUUCUCGCCUUCGAAUAUGGUUCCAGGUAUUGCCCCAUCCGCAGAUCCAGUGCUUCAAGCCCGACUUUUCUCAUAUCCAGACGCCGCCCGUUACCGUCUCGGCACAAAUUAUCAGCAACUUCGGUCGAACGCUCCUCAUUGUCCUGUCUACACACCAUACCAACGUGAUGGCCUUUCUUCUAUCAACGGUAACUAUGGCCCAGACCCAAACUAUAUUCGAUCAAGUUUUGUUCCCCUUGCUCCUGCGAGUAGGAAUAUUCAGGCUGUACAUGAUAUUCAACAUGAAGUUUGGAGCGGAAAGGUAACAGCGUUCACGAGUGAAGUUGAGGACGAUGAUUUUGUACAGCCGAGAAACUUUUGGAAAGGUGUUUUGGGAAAAGAGAAAGGUCAGCAGGAAGAUUUGGUAAGCAAUGUUGCGGGGAAUUUGAUCAAUGUUAAGGAGGAAAGGAUAUGGAGAAAGGCAAUUGAGAUAUUUCGGAGGGUCGAUAAAGAUUUGGCGAUUAGAAUAGAGAGAAGAAUGGCGGACUUGUCGGCGUUAUGA